AUGCCAAAUUCCUCGAGUUACUCGGACUCAACGAAUGCAGAUGUUCUGUGGCGAUAUGGGCGAGUGCUGCUCGAAAUCGCCCUAUGGACAUCGAGUGCCGACAAAAGUCGCAUGGCAACAUUCCUUGAAGCAGAAAAGAUGUGCAAAAAAGCGGUGGACCAUGAGGAUCCGCUAAAUCCAUGUCCCGAAGCACAUAAAUGGUAUGGAAUUACACUGGCGAAAUUGACCGACUUUCGUUCGGAUAAAAAACUAGCAGAAGCGCGAGAGCAUCUGGAAAGGGCUGUACAACUGGACCCAAACGAUGCUAGAUCCUGGCAAUAUCUUGGUAUGUACUUUUUAUUUUUCCAUGUUUGGCGUGCUUUGACUUAUCUAUAA